AUGCCUCUUGCAUCGAACAACCCAUUCCGCAACCGAGCAACUUCGCCAGCGCCGCCGAGCAUGUCAACAACACCUGCGGAUACGGCCCCGCCAUCCGUCUCGCAACCAUCACGAACAGCGACCAAUCCUUUCUUGGACCCGAGCGAUAUCGCUAUGUCGCCUCCACGCGAGAAUGGCACAAGCAAGGGCAAGAGCAAUGGCAAUCCCUUUGCGGAAGACAUCUUCAAGGACCUGUCUCUACUCGACAAGCCGGCCAGCAACGGUACUCGAGUAGUCCAAAACGGCGCGCCAGCGCGUGCAGGCACACUCCCGACACCCGGUCACCGACCAUCAGGUUCCGAAGAACGCCGGGACCGUCCGUUGCGGCCAUUCAAGGCACCAGACAGCCCGGUCAAAAAACAGCACGAUUUGCGACCACGAGGCAUGUCUGAGUCUUCGGUGAUGGAUGACAAGGAGCUGCGCAAGCGCUUGGAACGUGAGCGUGGUGAACGGUCGGAAAGGACAGAAUCUGAAGAGCGCAGGCGGCGCGAGAGGCGGCGCGAGCGCGAGGAGCGGCACAAGAAGGAGAAGGAGAAGAUUCGCAAGGGCGAGCGUCCUGCCAAGCGGCCUCAAGGCUUGGACAUCAUCGACAAGCUAGACGUCACUGGCAUCUACGGACAAGGACUCUUCCACCACGAUGGUCCAUUCGACGCCUGCAACCCGCACCGGAACGCGAGGAAAGAUCGACGGGCGCCGAUGCAAGCCUUCCCGGAGGGUUCCAUGAACAUGAUGCUGGGUGGCUCGGGACCAGUGCGCUCUCGCCUUGAUCUUGACAAGUACUACGGACGCGGCGAAGAAGGUUUCCAAGACUACGCCGUCACGCGCAAGACCGAUACCGCCAUCAUUAACCCUACGGACCGCACCGAACAAGUCCAUGGCAUUGAAACGACCGGGCUCGGAACAUCUACUUUCCUGGAGGGCGCACCAGCCAGCAAAGCCGCGCUGCAACAGCGAGAGUAUGACGAUCCUAUCAUGCCAGAAGCUGCACCACAGCCACAAGGCGGCGCACUCACCCGGAAGAGGUCCCUCGCGCAACGUAUUCGAGGCAUGUCCAGCUCACGCCGUGGUGGUCCCAACGGCCUUAGAAGCCCAGAUGCGCGGUACAACGACAAUGAUCCAUUUGACUACAGUCCACCCCAACCGGGCAGCAAGGCAGUCUCUGCCGGUGGACCGAUGCGAGCCAGAUAUACAAAGGAAAACGAGAUCAACCCUUUUGACACCGCGUACGAUGAUGCUUUCGACAAGAAGGGGGCGCAGAUCAAAGUGGCGGAACAGGAGGCCUCGGCGGUAGUCACGACGCCCGGAGGCAGGGCGAGGGCGCCAAGUAGCCCGAAGGUUGGUUAUGGUCUCGUUAGGAGCGUGACUACCGAUUCGGCUGCGGCUGGCGUGCGAAAGGGGAGCGAUGAGGAGGAGAGGUCGAGCGGUGGAGGAGGCUUCCUUAGUCGCAUGAGAAGUCUGAAGGGUGGCCGCAGGGCUAGGCCGGAGAGAAGAGACACUUGA